AUGGUGACUGGCAUUGAGGCGGCAGGCCUCGCUCUCGCUAUUCUUCCUCUCCUCAUAAAUCAGGUAGACGCCUACGCUCUCGGCAUCGAGAAGAUCAGACUUCUAAGGCGAUACCGACGGGACUUUAAAGGAUAUUCGGAGGGACUGAAGACACAGCGCACCAUCUUGCUAAAUACACUGGAGCGAGCCCUCGAAGGUGUCAUUGACGAUGAGGAUGAGAUAACUCAACUCAUCAAUAAUCCACAAGGCAAAGAAUGGGCAAACGCAGCUCUGCAAAGUCGUCUACGCAGAAAGCUCGACCGAAAUUACGAUGCAUUCUUACAAAAUAUGACUUCUCUCUCGGAUUUGCUAGAAUAUCUAUCUCAAAAACUACACAUUAGUGAGGAUCAGACGAACCCAGCUCCCGAAACCUGGGAUCUAUGGAAAUUCCGUAAGAUUCUUAGCAAAGCAGUUUACGACGAUCUCCUUAUAAAGAUCAACGCAGCAAAUGCAAUACUGAAGCUUCUGGUUGACCAAUCCGAUCACCGAGAAACAAGCAAGAAAAGACGCCAGUCCUGGAGCCCCCUUCUACAGAGAUACAAAAAGGCACGCAAAAAUGCUAAAGGGCUAUUUCAAACCAUCACCGAAGGGGACUACUGGCGCUGUGGCUGUAAAGAGCAACACAGUGUCCAGCUUCAAAUACAAACAAAUCCACUAAAAGGUAUCGAGGAGCACCCUCUCGGCAACUCCCAGCCUCAGUUACGGAUGCUCUUUUCCAACAAGGCAGUAGUAGGACAUAAUACGAAUACGGAUUGUUUAUUGAGCUGGACAGAAGUGGUCUUUAAGCCUUCGGAAGUUAAAGAAGUCGUGGAACUUGCUACUCUCUCCCUUUACGAUGACUCCACAUUGCAUCAAGCCCAAAGGAGAUCUAGGGUUCAGUUCAACGGUUCUACUCUCAUAGAGGAAGCAUCGGAACUGACUCUUGAAACCCCGUCUAUCCUGCCCAUUCAGGACUUCUGUUCAUCUCUUCAUAUUGCGGAAAUGCACAGUGGGCGACAAAAGACCAUUAGUUUUAUUUCCAACAAGAGAAAUAACUCUUUCCGGUACACAAUGGAUGCAGUGAAGAGACUCCCACAAGGAGUUUCGCAAAGGCCUCUUGGGGAAGUUCUCUCAAAAAUCAGUCGACGUGAUCGACUCCAUAUUGCUACCGGCCUAGCAUGUGGUGUAGUUCAAUUCUGUGGAAAUUGGCUGAAAUCCUCAUGGGAUAGCUCCGAUAUCCACCUGGCUGCUGCGGACGACGGUUACAGCGUAUUGCUGGACAAUCUAUAUCUUUCAUGGCCUCUUCUCCCCCCUGGUACGGGGAAAGAGUCUUACAACUCAACGCACUACCCUAACGUGCGAAGCAAUCUUCUAUUGCCUUUAGGGCUUGCACUAGUGGAACUAUCACUUGGAAAAUCCCUAAGUGUAUUCUUUACACCGGAGGAUGAGCAUGAGGAACCAUUGGUCACUAAAUUCCGAGUCGCCUCAAGGCUUGUCGACAAUGUGCAUCAGGAAGUGGUACACAUUACGCAGAAGCUGUUCAUAGCUGCCUCUACUGGUCUGGCAUAA